CCGCGACGUCUUUCCCCCGUAUUUCUCAUACAGCGGGAUUCCCCCGAUGCGCGGUGUUGAGCAUUCCAUCCAGCUCGUGCCUGAUUAUCGUGUUCACAAUCAGGCACCGUACCGACUCUCGAUCCCAGAGGCGAUGGAACUCAAGUGUCAGCUUGAGGAGCUCCUUCGACUGGGUUUCAUUAAACCCAAUAACUCCCCUUGGGGUGCACCUGUCCUCUUUGCUCGCAAAGCGGACGGAACUUUCCGCCUCUGCAUCGACUAUCGCGGCCUUAACCGUUACACGGUUAAGAACAACUAUCCCAUGCCCCGCGCGGAUGAGCUGUUUGACCGUCUGGCAGGCAACCGCUUCUUCACGAAGAUUGAUCUUCGUAGCGGUUACCACCAGAUCCGCGUUGCCACAGAGGAUCAGCCGAAAACCGCCUUCCGAUCGCGCUUCGGCCACUACGAGUUCACGGUGAUGCCGUUCGGCCUCACCAAUGCACCCGCCACCUUCCAAACGGAGAUGAACGACAUCUUCAGGGACAUCCUUGAAGAAUACGUUCUCGUAUACCUAUACGACAUCCUGGUUUACAGUCGUACCUUAGAAGACCAUCUCAGACACCUCCGCGAUGUCCUACAACGCUUACGCAAGCAUGGAUUCUAUGCCAAGCUCAGUAAGUGCCGCUUUGCCCAGCGCAAAGUGGACUUCCUAGGACACCAUGUGUCUGACCAGGGUCUCCACAUGGACGACGCGAAGAUCACUGCUAUUGCAGACUCUGCUUCUCAUCGUCACCACCCUCAGACGGAUGGUCAGACUGAGGUCACCAAUAAAACUCUCGGUAAUAUCCUCCGAAAGUUUGUUAGGGAUGACCAGCAGUGGGACUUACACUUAGCCCACGCGGAGAUUGCGUACAACCACGCUGUUUCGCCAGCCAUGGGGAUGUCGCCAUUCUAUUGCGACCUCGGCUACCACCCCCGCGUACCCGCGGAUUUCCUACGACCAUCGCGGUUGCGCCCAGACACUUGUUGCCCUGCGCUUGACGACUGGAUCGCCCACAUGGCGGCGAUUAUGAAGCGCGCACUCGAGCGUUUGGCCGACUCCCAGACUCGCAUGGCCGCACGAGCGAACCGAUCACGAAUGGAUCAUCCAUUCAAAGUCGGUGACGAUGUGCUCGUCGACGCACGCCACKUACARCUCGAAGCARAUACGCUUCRYAAGUUCAUGCGUCGUUUCUUCGGUCCAUGCCGCAUCCUUCAGGCCGUCGGUUCUGAUACUGCCGCUAGUCCGGUCAGCUUCCGUGUGAAGCUACCUGAUUACCUUCGACAGGCUCGCGUACACGAUGUUUACCACGUCUCCUUGCUGCGUCUUUAUCGCAGACCGUCCGAGCGCUUCGCCGGACGCCCUUAUGAGCGCCCUCCACCUAUUAUGGUGGACGGUCACGAGGAGUUCGUUGUUUCUGACAUCGUAGCACGCGGAGUUACCGACGAUACCCCUCCACGCAUCGAGUACCUUGUGCGUUGGAAGGGCUACCCUGAUGAGGAGGCUACUUGGGAGCCCCUGGAGCACUUGCAGCACGCCAGGAUGUUGGUGCGUGCAUACGAUCGUGCUCGUCAUGCUGCGAUGUAUGCCCCUGCUCAGCCGACUGACCCUCUUCCUCCUCCUCCGGCUGAGGAGAUUGCUGAGGACGAGCCUACUCCCUUUGAGGCCGUUCCUCAGCCGCAGACGGUCGUCUCCGAGCGUCCACAGUGCACUCCUCGUCGCCCUUCGCGUUACAAUGACUGACACUCUUAUCCUCUAUCUUUCCCCUACUGACUCACACCAUCAGGUACUCCAUCAUCAGCUUCUUCAAGAUGUCAGCGUCUUGCGGCUCUGCUUCGACAUCGA